AGAUUAUGAGAGACCAGUAACAUCCACUGAAUCACUCUAGACCAGUAAGCAUCAAGAGGGUGGACCUACAGACUCUACAAAACUUAUGCAUCACAACUCAUCACAAGACUGAAGUGACCGAAGCAAAGCAAAAAGCUGUAUUCUCCAGUGAUCAUGGACAAACCAGUAUGCUUGAUUGACACGGAGUCAGAUGGGAAGCUGUGUGUGCAGCAGUCAGCUCUACAGAUCCUGCAGCAGAUCCAGCAGCCAGUGGUGGUGGUGGCCGUGGUGGGUCUCUACCGCACCGGGAAGUCCUACCUGAUGAAUCGCCUCGCAGGACAACAAACAGGGUUUGCAUUGGGCAGCACCAUCGAGUCCAAGACGAAGGGCAUCUGGAUGUGGUGUGUGGAUCACCCCACUAAAGCAGGAACCACUCUGGUGCUGCUGGACACUGAGGGACUCGGAGACGUGGACAAGGGAGACUCAAAGCAUGACACCAACAUCUUCUGUCUGGCUGUGUUACUGAGCAGCACUCUGGUCUACAACAGUCGAGGGACGAUUGACAACAGAGCUGUAGAGGAACUGCAAUACGUCACUGAACUAACAGAGUGCAUUAAAGUCAAAUCAUCAGAUGAGGAAGCUGACGAUUCAAGCGAGUUUGUGAAGUUCUUCCCUAGUUUCAUCUGGGCUGUGAGGGACUUCACUCUUGAGAGAAAGAUUGAUGGCAAAGAUGCAACAGAGGAUGAGUACCUAGAGUUUGCUCUGAAGCUGAAAUCUGGCAAAUCAAGAAAAGUGACGGAAUACAACUUGCCCAGGGAGUGCAUCCAAACAUUCUUCCCUUCCAGAACGUGCUUCACUUUCCCAUUCCCAACUGCCCCAGAGAAUUUGUCACGUUUGGAGAGCUUGGAUCCUGCUGACCUUUCCUCUGACUUCCGGGAGGUCACAGAUCGUUUCUGCACAUUCGUCUUUAACAAGAGUCAUGAGAAGAAGCUCAAAGAUGGAAUCAAAGUCACUGGCAGAGUUUUGGGUAACUUGGCAAAAACAUACGCGGACACCAUCUCCAGUGGGGCUGUGCCGUGUCUGGAGAAUGCUGUGAUUGCUAUGGCAAUGAUUGAGAAUGAGGCUGCAGUGAAGGAGGGGACUAAGGUUUACCAGAGUGGAAUGGAGAAGCUGAAGGACUCCUUCCCUCUGGAACUGAAAGAUGUGUCCUCAAAACACCAACAUCUCAGCAGCGUGGCGACACAAGCCUUCAUGAAGCGUUCCUUCAGGGACACUGAUGGGAACUACCUGAAAUCUCUAGAGGAAAAGGUUAAAGAACUCUUUGAUGGAUACCUGUGCCAAAACGAGCAAGCUUCAAAGACAAAAUGUGAGAAGCUCUUAUCAACACUCUCUGUAAAAAUGAUGGAAAAUCUCAAGAAGGGUUUCUAUACCAAACCUGGUGGCUUUGAUGUCUUCUGCAAGGAUCUGGAGGACAUUGUGAAGAAAUAUAACAGACAGGCCAAUAAAGAAGUCAAGGCUGAAGAGGUCCUAGAGGAGUUUCUGAAGCAGAAGUCUGAGGAAUCAGAAGCUAUUCUGCAGGCUGACAAAGAACUGACUGAGAAGGAGAAAAAGAUUAAGGAGGAAAUAGAGAAAGCAGCUCUCCUGCAUCAGGAAAUCAAAGCUAAAGAGGAGAAGCAGAGAAAACUCGAAGAGAAGAUGGAAGCAGAGAAACAGAGUAAUGAAGAGAGGAUGAGACAGGUGAAGGUGAAGAUGGAUGAGGAGCUGGGGCUCCAGAGAGAGGAGGCUGAGCGUGCCAUGGACAGUAAACUGAGGGAGCAGGCUGCUCUGUUGGAGAAGGGCUUUAAGGAUAAGGCAGACAUGAUGACCCAGGAGAUGGAAGAGUUCAAGAGACAGAAUGCUGAAUCUGAGCGUAACAGAGCUAGAGAGUUUAAAGAGAUGUUAGAGAACUCAAACAAGAGACAUGAGGAGACUAUGGCUAUGAUAAUGCAGCAACACAGAGAACAGAUGCAGGCCAUUCAGGAUAUGAAUGCAAGCUCUCCAGGUGGAUGUGGUAUCAUGUGAAAUGCUUUAAUUCUGUGAUCAUAAUGUAAUUACAGUAUAUGUAGUGCUACAAUAAAACACUAAUUGAUCUCAUUCUAUUUACACUUAAACCUUAGAAAGAGCUUGAUAUGAUGAAAUAGAAAAUUUCAAUUUCACUUCAGAAGCAUGUUUUGUAAUUAAUUAAUUAAUUAAUUAAUUAAUUACGUUUAAGAGUGUUAAUUAAUUAUAGACAGAGACAAAUAAGGUUAGUGAUUCAACUCUUUCUCUAGUAUUGCACUACAUAAAAGUGUAAAUAAAUAAAAAUAAAGUGUAAAAAAAAAAUGUGCGUGUGUAUGUAUGUGUUUUUUGUGCCAGACAAGUAAUUGAGACAAAUAAUGAGAUUUUAACAAACCACAGGAAGGCAUAAAAUUAUAACGUGUUUCACACUCAAUUUAAGAGAAAAAAGAGGAAAUUGGGAAAAAAGAGAAAAAAUGAUCAGAGUUGCAUAAUUGCAAUAAAUGUUUCAUGUGUAGCAUGAGGUGAGUUUCACAGGUAAGUAAACACUUCCAUUGUAUAGUCUUUUAGUCUCGCAACAACUAAGGCACUAGGUAAAUAACAUAAUUAAAAGGAUCAGGUGGGCAUAAACAUUCGUUGAGACAUCAUUUAAAGCAGAACAGCACCCGAGACACAGAACAAAAGCUGAGAUAAAUAUCUUGUGGUGAACAGAAAACUCAAGAAUCACAGAGUCCAGGGGUUCCCAAUUCCAGUUCUCACGUCUCCCAGCUCUGCACAGUCGCUCUUAUCUGACACACCUGAUUCAGAUCAUCAGCUCGUUAGAAGAGCUCCGUGAACUCCGGUGUGUCCCGAUUGACAGGGUCCAAACGCAGUGCUCACUGCUCUGCAGUACCACGUUGAUCUGCAGUUGUGGAUCUUUCAUGUGGAGAACUCUCCUCAUAUUAAUGCAGAAUGAUGCAUUUAAAAGUUAAUGGCCAAUUGGAUCUUUAUAAAAGUCCACAUUGGUAUUGCAAUGAAAUAUAACACGGAUAACAUUAAAUAAACAUUUUCUAUCAGGUUGAGCUGAUUAGUCACUCACAUACAUGAAAAUCCCUCACCUUUCGGUGAAAUUUGCCGUUUUGAAACAACCCUGCAAACACGUCCAGUUGGGGCCCACAUGGGCCUCGCUUGGGCUAGUUGGGCUUCGGCUGGGCAUGGGCUCAGAGUGGGCUUUGUUGUUGGGCCCCACAUGGGCAGUAGAUUGGCUAAAGGGCUCCAUUCAAAAUUGAUUGUGUCAGACAUGGAUGCUAUUUUUAACAAUAUAGGCUCUGGGCUAGGUCCACUUUUUAUACAAAUUUUAUUAGAUUACCUGCUGUCUGUAACUUUUUUUGUGUUUUAAGAUUUACAAAAAUUAUAUAAUGAGAAUGUACAACAUUCAUUUUCAAUCCAUCCAUCCAACAAUCCAUUUUCCUAACCGUGUUUACCCCGAAUCAUUAUACAUUUAUAAUAAGUGUUUAUAUUGGGACUAUUUCGGUCAAGUAGGAAUCGCUGCGGAUGGAGCAAAGUCCCUGCGUGACUCGUCAUAGACAUAAACAGGAGAAGUA